AUGUAUUUCAUCCACACCUUCUCCACCAUUAAAUCUGCUGUGCUCAUGGCCAUAGCUUUUGACCUCUUUGUCAUGAUCUAGCCCCUGAGGCAUACAUCCCUCCUGACAAACUCCCUGGUCACCAAGACUGACUUACUGUUACUUGUUCAGUUGUACAUCGUGAUCCUUAAGACUAUCUUGAGUAUUGCAUCCAAGGAGGAGCAGUCCAGGGCCUUGAACACUUGCAUCUCCCAUAUCUGUGUUGUCCUAAUCUUCGACAUCCCCGUGAUCGAUCUGUACCCGUACCACUGGAAAGCCAGAUGUGACUCCACAGUCAUGGUGUGA